CAUAGGAAAAGUUUAAAUGCAAAACUCAGAAUUUCAAUAUAAUGAUCAGUUGCUUCUCAUAAUUCGUAAUGAUCAGCUCAAUAAUUCGUGGUAGUGUUCCAAAAGUGAAUACAUUCUUUUCUAUAUCUUGCAGAACGAUGUCGUCACGUUAUCUCAUUGAUGAUCCAAAAUUUUCAUUCCUUAAAGAUUUGGGAAUAAAAAGAACCAAUAAAGGAGUUUAUAAUGGAGAAUGGUGUGGAAAUGGAGAAGUCACAAAAACAUAUGAUCCAGCGACCAAAGAGGUUAUCGCUGAGGUUCAAAAUGGAAAUGUCGAGGACCUCAAUAACUGUAUAAAAAUAGCAGAUGAUUCUUAUAAGCAUUGGAAAACUCUUCCAGCACCAUUCCGUGGAGAAAUUGUAAGACAAAUUGGUGAUGAGCUUAGAAAGUAUCGCGAGCCAUUAGGAAAGUUGGUCUCACUUGAAAUGGGAAAAAUUCAAGCUGAAGGAAUCGGUGAAGUUCAAGAAUUUAUUGACAUUUGUGACUAUGCAACUGGACUCUCACGCAUGUUUGCUGGACAAGUCUUACCUUCAGAAAGAAGUCAGCAUGUGAUCAUUGAGAAAUGGAAUCCACUUGGUGUUGUUGGUGUUAUUUCAGCAUUUAAUUUCCCAAAUGCAGUGUUUGGAUGGAAUGCAGCUAUUGCAAUGGUUGUUGGAAAUUCAGUCUUAUGGAAAGGAGCUCCAUCGACACCACUUAUUUCUAUAGCCACAACUAGAAUUGUAACUGAAGUCUUAAAACGCAAUAAUUUACCACCAGUUGUCACAUUAUGUCAAGGUGGAGUUGAUGUUGGCAAGAAAAUGGUAGCUGAUGAUCGUGUUAAGCUCCUCUCAUUCACUGGGAGUACAAAUGUUGGCCGUGAAGUUGGUGUAGAAGUACAAAAAAGAUUCGGAAAAGUUCUGCUAGAACUUGGUGGAAAUAACGCAUUGAUUAUCAAUGAUGAUGCUGAUUUUGAUAUGGCACUUGAUGCUGCAUUCUUUGGAUGUAUUGGAACAGCAGGACAGCGAUGCACAACAACACGUCGUUUAAUUAUUCAUGAGAAAAUUUAUGAUGCAUUUUUAGAGAAAUUGAUUUUAAGAUACAAGGGACUCAUGAAACGAGUCGGACAUCCACUUGAUGAAGCAACAAUUUUGGGUCCUCUUCACAAUCAACAAGCUGUUGAUGCAUACACAAAUACAAUCAAGGAAGCAACUAAUCUUGGUGGUAAAAUUGAAGUCGGUGGAAAUAUCAUCGACCGUCCAGGAUAUUUUGUGGAACCAACUAUUGUUACUAAUCUACCUCACGAUGCACCUGUCAUCAAGAGAGAAACUUUUGUUCCAAUUGUUUAUGUUUUAAAAGCUAAGAAUUUAGAUCAAGCAAUUGAAUGGAAUAAUGAGGUAGAGCAAGGUCUUUCGUCAGCAUUAUUUACUAAAAAUAUUGGAUCUACAUUCAACUGGAUUUCUGAAAAUGGUUCUGAUUGUGGAAUUGUAAAUAUCAACACAUCUCCAUCAGGCGCAGAGAUCGGAGGUGCUUUUGGUGGUGAAAAGGCAACAGGAGGUGGUCGCGAAAGUGGAUCAGAUGCAUGGAAACAAUAUUGCAGACGAUCAACCAUUACGGUCAAUUAUUCACAACAGUUACCAUUGGCACAAGGACUUGUAUUUGAAUAAAAGUUUUAUGUGAAUAAAUUUUCUGAAAUUCACCAACUCAA